AUGUGCUCCGCAGCGAAGACAGGCGCAUCUCUCCCUGCCGCCCGGGGGAGAGGCGAGGGGCUGGCACAGCCCGCGGCCGGCUCGGUGUCCGUGUCCCCGGCAGCGCCGAGUUUAGAGAAGAUCAUUCAGCGAGACUUCUUUCCCGACGUGGAGAAGUUGCGAGCGCAGAAGGAAUAUCUGGAGGCAGAAGAAAAUGGUGACUUGGAGAAAAUGAGACAAAUUGCUAUCAAGUUUGGUUCCUCUUUGGGUAAAUCAUCGAGGGACACACCUGCACCCUAUGUUACUCCAGCCACAUUUGAAACGCCAGAAGUGCAUCCAAGUGGUCUUCCACUGGGGAAUAAAUCCAAAGCUGGCAUCAAAGCUGAGGAGGAAGGAGAAGCAGAAAAAGACGAUAAAGAUGCACUUCCCAGUUUGGACAGCUUCUUAACAAAACACACGAGUGAAGAUAAUGCUUCGUUUGAGCAGAUCAUGGAAGUGGCGAAAGAGAAGGAGAAAGUCAAGCAUGCUUGGCUGUACAGUGCAGAAGAGGAGUAUGCCCAGCGACGCAAUGAGAACCUGGCACUUCCUUCAGCAGAGCAGCAAGCUCUGGAGAAUGUGAAAGCUGGACUGGAGACCUGGGAGUACACAGCUCGAAACACCCUCAUGUAUUAUCCGACAGGUGUACCUGAUGAGGAUGACGUAUUUAAGAAGCCCAGGGAAGUUGUCCAUCGAAACACCCGUUUUGUGAAGGACCCUUUUAGCCAAGCUGUGAGCAAGUCACAGCUCCAGCAAGCUGCAGCCCUCAAUGCUCAGUACAAACAGGGCAAAGUGGGACCAGAUGGGAAAGAACUGAUACCCCAAGAGUCUCCAAAAGUGAAUGGAUAUGGAUUUGUGGCUACCCCCUCUCCUGCCCCUGGUGUGAAUGAGUCUCCUUUUAUGACAUGGGGUGAAAUCGAAAGCACCCCUUUGCGUCUAGAAGGGUCAGAAACGCCGUAUGUGGACAGAACACCUGGACCAGCCUUCAAGAUCCUGGAGCCUGGGCGCCGUGAGAGGUUAGGACUCAAGAUGGCCAAUGAAGUGGCAGCUAAAAACCGAGCAAAGAAGCAGGAGGCACUUCGAAAAGUGACAGAAAACUUGGCCAGCCUCACUCCGAAAGGACUAAGCCCAGCAAUGUCACCAGCUUUGCAAAGACUAGUAAACAGGACUGCGAGUAAAUAUACCGACAAAGCCCUGCGAGCCAGCUAUACGCCUUCCCCAGCCCACACAGGAACUCCUGGUUACAAGACACCAGCAAGUGGGCCUCAUACACCCACAGGCACCCCACAAUCUCGGACAGUAUCUCAGACACCUGUAUCUCAGGAUACUACAUCAAUCACAGACAAUUUACUGCAGCUUCCUAAAAGAAGGAAGGCAUCUGAUUUCUUCUGAAUAUUCCAGUCACCAGCAAGGCAAUAGUGAACUGGCUGUGCUCAGCUGUCUGUGAACUGGAUGUUGUGAGCCAUUGGUAGUUAAGGGGUGUCUAGAUACAGCUGCCAGAAUGGAAACCAGCGGUUACAAGAUCUGGGACCAGCGCUAGUCUAGACUAUAUAGCUAAAACAGCCUGUGGUGUGCUUCUUUGGAAGCAGAGUAUCUCCUGCUGUGGCGCAACUUCCCUUUGAACUGCAUGGGUGGGAUGCACAGGGAUGCUGUAGCAAAAGGAUGCUUCCUGCAAUGGCAGAGAAGAUUCUGGACUCUUGGAGCAAAAUGGCGAUAAUUUUUUAAAGAUAUAUUUCUUUUUAAGAUGGCCAUGCAUUUAAAUAUGUUUCUGUACAGACAUGUCUAUUUAUAAAAUGUGGGAAGCCUUCC